CCUCCGCCCUCCCACAAAUCAAGCACACCUAAAAGGAUGCCCCAGACCACGCGGAACACCUCCACAGAGGGUGUGUGACCGGGAGAGUGUGGUGUGGUGAAUCAGAGAGUAGGCAUGAGGGAGGGGCGGCGGGGGAGAGGAGCGCUGGGUGACGCCAGCCUGCUCACUGCUGCCAGCCCUUUGGUGGCACACACCCUCACAUUGGGAAGGUGAGUCACGCCUCUGACUGGUGUCCAGGUCAGUGUCUGUCCUCUGUCUUGAGAGGAUGCGGGCUCCAUACCGACACCAGGACUUACGCCCUCUCCCAGGGGCCAGUCACAGGCAUGGCUGCCUGUAGAAAGGCAUUUCCUGUAGUCAAGUCAGACCCCAGCUGGCCUCGUCUGACUGCACUGCAGGGUCUGCUUGCACAGGCAGCGGUAGCCCAACAGCUGUAGUGUCCGUGUCUGCUCACAAGGAGGCGCCAGGCGUCCUUUCACAGCUCUGGGUGGAAGGGAGCCAGGAAGGGACUACACAUAGAAGCAAAUUUUAGUUACAUUGUGGUUGGCAAACUGGAAGAUUCUCAUUGAGCUACUUUUUUUUUUUUAAGAUUUAUUUAAUUAUUUGAAAAAGUUACACAGAAAGAAGGAGAGAGACAGAGAGAGAGAGGUCUUACUUACAUCACUGGUUCACUCUGCAAUUGGCUGCAGUGUCUGGAGCUGCGCUGAUCCGAAGCCAGGAGCCGAGAGCUUCCUCAGGGUCUCCCAUGCGGGUGCAGGGGCCCAAGGACUUGAGCCAUCCUCCACUGCUUUCCCAGGCCAUAGCAGAAAGCUGGAUUGGAAGUAAAGCAACCAAGACUCAAACCAGCACCCAUAUGGGAUGCCAGCACUGCAGGCGGCGGCUUCACCCGCUACACCAGAGCGCCAGCCCCUAAGGUACUUUUGGUAAAGUAGCUAUCAACUGUACGCUCCACUGCAUGGCUAGAAAGGCACCUAAUCUCUCCAGUCCAGUGAGCUCACCCUCACUCUCGGUCACCAAGAAGAACCAGGAACUGGGGUGCUGGGGUGGUAGGAUAUUUGGAGCAGCAGUUACGAUACUGCUUAUAACGCCCACAUCCCGUAUCAGAGUGCCUGAGCUGGAGUCCUGGCCCUGUUCUCCAUUGCAGCUUCCUGCUAAUGUGUACCCUGGUAGUUAGCAGGUAGUGGCUCAAGGAAGAACCUGGGACCUUACAGACAUUUCCUUGACUGUUUAUCUUCAUGGUCUUUUCUAGUCGGAUCCCAGCUCAGCUUGCAAGGGUGCCUGGGAAUCUUCUGUACUUCCACCCCCUUCCUUCUCAGUCCCUGUGUCCCCAGGGUCCUGGCUUCAGUUGAUUCAGGACAAAGCUCAUAACAGAUUUCUGCCUGAAUCCCCAUCAACCUGGGAUACCCACAUCCCAUGUUGGAGGGCCUGGGUUCAAGUCCUGGCUCUGCUCCCCAUUCAGCUCCCUGCUCGUGCACAACUCUGGGAGGCAGCAGGUGAUGGCUCAAGUAGUUGGGUCCCUGCCACCCUCGGGGGACACCAAAUUGCCUUAAAUUGAAGGUCCUUCAGAGUGGAGCUGUAUGCAUGAUAAAAUAAAUACAGGCUCGUGUCCAUGUGCGUUUUCAUAGCAUCAAGAGAUUUUCUAAUGCUCGGAGACCCUCUGCUGCAGGUGGUGGUGAGACGGUGAGAAUCGUAACCUGCCAGUCGUACUUGUGAUAGUCUAAGGCUUCAUGUAAGGAAGUGGCUCUCAUGGCCUGUGUUUGGGAUAGCGCUGCCCUUCCCUCUGCCUUAAGAACCACUGAUAAUGAAGGCUCCAAGGAGAAUCAUUUGACUCCUGAGUUUAAUAGAUGAUUACAGCCAACAAUAGGGAAGAUCAGUACCGUAAUUAUGAACUUGCCUCAAGGCACAUUAGCCCAAGUUCAAGUUUACGAACCCCUGUGCAUGUAAUAUGCCUGGUGCAACUGUGCAUAUCCUACAUCUACAGUAGAUAGCAGUACGAUAAUCCUGUUGUAGUACACAGAGCACUUUCUUAUACCCCAUACCUCAGUCCACCAAUAGCUGACGGCUUAACAGCAAGUUACAUGGCAUCGGGACUGGGUUUUAGGUCCGAUUUUUACCUGAGUAAAUUUGUGACAGUGAGUCAUUUCUCAGAGUUUCAAUGGUAUAGUGUGAAAAUCUUGGAAUUCUUUUGUAAUCUUGAUUUUUUAAAAAAAAAUAUUCAUUUGAAAGAGUGACAGGGAGAGAGAAAUGUUUCAUCUUCUGGUUCACUUCCCAAAUGCCUCUUACCAACCAGGCUGAACCAGUCUGAAUCCAGGAGCUGGGAACUCCAUCUGGAUUACCCACGUGGGUGUCAGAAACCCAAAUACUUGGGCCGUUGUCUGCUGCCUCCCAGGCAUGUUAGCAUGGAGCUCGGUCAGAAACGGGGGGUAGCCAGUACUGGAACCAGGCCUUCCCAUGUAUGAUGCAGUUGACGCAAGCUGUGGCUUAACCCGCUGCACCACAGUGCCUGUGAUUGCUGUCAGUAGCCAUGAUGGCAGUAAUUUAUUGAAUGUUCCUCCGUGCCAGGCAUCGCACUAAACCUUGUGCCAUCUCAUUCUCUGUGAGGUUGGUGGUAAGGAAACUGAGGCCGACAAAAUGUAAUGAAUUUCCCAGGCCAAAUAGCUGGCGGUUGCCAGUGCUGGCACUCAGACAUGCCAAGUCUGCCUGUCUGAAGUCUGCGGUUAGCACAGUCCAGGCGGCAUCUGGUGAGACUUGGAAUCCUUCCACCGAAAUAGUUAUUAAGCACCUGCCCUUUGCCAGGUACUGUGCUGGCCACUGGGGAAACAGCACAUUGCCUUUGCCCACAUGUUUAUAGCAACCUGAAGACGACAACAGUAAGCAAUUUUCAGUGUGCUGUGGCAAGUGCUGGCCGGAGUGACACAAGGAUUUAAAGCAGGGGAGUGAUGUGAGCAGAUCUGUUUUUGGAUGAUGAUGCUGGCAGCCAAAUGGACGCUAGAUUGGAGGAAAGCCAGGAGAUGAGCUUUGCUGGGGUAAUUUGGGUGAGCAAUGAUUGAAGCUUGAGUCAAUGAAGUGGGAGGAGGCAUGGGAGCAUCACAGAGGAGGAUCAACAGGACUUGGAGGCUGGGGCAGGAGGAGAAGAGAUCGACUUGCUAGCUCUGAAUUAGGGUACAUAGACCGAAAGCUGCAUUGGCGGGGAAGAGAGCAGAUUUGGGGGCAGAUGAGUUGAAUCUUGAUCUGUUGACUUUGAGCUGCCUGGAGAGGCCUAGUCAGCAGCUGGAUUUAGCAAUCGGAAGCUUCACAGAGCAGAGACCUGGGGCUAGAAACGAAGGCUUAGAGAUGGUGCAGCGGUGGGAUAGAGGUGUUGGGUUGGGAUGUGGGCUCCUAGGAGGGUGUAUAAAGACCAAAAGGUCAAGAUCAGAAUCUUGGGAAAUACCUGUACCUACAAGCUGCUGGAGGAAGACAGGACUACCAGACAGCGCAGCUGAGCAGGGGCGGAGCUCUGGCUGCAGCCGGCGCCCUCCCUGCGGAGCCCCCUUCCUCCCUCCACCUCUGCUUUUGUCUGCGCUUCCCAGCAGCCCCCAGCCUAAAGGCAUCCCCAAACAAGCGCGCCACACAAAGCCUGGACUCCUAAAGCGGGGCUCGAGUAUCCGGUUCCCUUCCUCCAAUCUGCUCCCCUGGGCGGCCCGGCGAGGAGCCCUUUCUCCAGCGUCGGGGCCAUCCUCUUGCAGCCCACUCAGCCCAGCUGCUUUAUAUUUCCUACACACCCAUUCUUUAGAGACUUCCCUCUGCACUGCCCAGUGGCCUGGUCCCCAGAACAUCCCCCAGCCUGGGGUUCUCGACGCAACCCACGUGAACCCUCCAGCCCACCCCCUCUCCUUAGGCUCCCUCCCUCCAGGGACUGGACGGCCCCUGGGCUCUAAGGGUAAGAGCUCUGAACGUCCGAGAGCCCGCGGCUCCACCCUUGGCCACGCUGGCAGGGAGGGGCCAAGGAGAGGACCCAGCGCCGGGACCAGAUGUGGGGCUUUUCGUCCCGCCUCAGGAGGAGCCGGAAGGGCAAGUCCGGGGAGGAUGCGGGGUCGGGGUGGAGUGCGGACAGCGGGGCCACGUGCACCGACUCGCCGAGGACCACCCGGCCUCAAGGUCUCCCCGCGCGGGGCAGGCCGGGACGGUUCCUCCCGCUCCGGACACCGCAUCCCGGCCGGCUGCGUUCCCGGCGGUUUCCGGCUUCUCGACUCCCAGCCUUUCUGCGGGGCUCCCCGCCCGCCCGCGGUUCCAGUUUCUGCCUCCAGCCGGGUUGUGCCCACUCCCACCCGGUCUCGGCGCGCAGCCGUGCCCUACCCACCCCCCCUCCUUUGA